UGCAAGUAAAGGAUUUGCCUUCGGACCGGAAAUGGAUGACUGAUCCGUGACCAAGCACUGGUUACACACUACUACUACCACUACUUAUAUCUGUUCAUUGCGCCCACAGCCAGUCCCACCGGCUGUUCUCUGGGUUAUCCAGGCAACUCCGAUGAGAUUCCCAAUCAAGUCCUCCGCUAUCACCGUCUCCGCUUCCUUUCAACUCCAGUGCAUUCGAUGACUGAUGCCCGGUUCUACGUUGGCCUUGGCUGUCCACGUCGAACACAAAUGCGCUCGAAGACUCCGACCCGUCCAAGCGGGCACCACCACUCGCAAGCCACCUGCCACAAGCCGACGUCGAGAGUUUGACGUAGAAGUUUGUUCGCAGGUUUGGAUGUGUGAAAGAGUUGCCAGUGGGUGCCAGGGUAUCGCGUGCAUAGGUAUGGAUAUGGGAGUCGGCGCCCAGAGCGAAGACGAGUCCUGCGGUCGGACCUGUGCCCGGUCUGUCCGAGAGGCUGACAAUGCCUCGCGGUCGCCGGGUACCUUCCAUAGUUGUCGGAUCUUCGCUAGACGAUGCCAGACAUGACACUGAUGAUUUCGGGCUUCUGCCGUUCAGCUGUCGUAGGUCCCAAGAUCGCAAAACUC